ACAGUUUGAAGUACCCAAGAAGGAAAAUAUUAACAAGUCAAAGAAUUCUGAGAAAGUUGGAGAGCAAGAAUGGAAGUGUUUAGCUUUGAGAGACAGAUUAAGCAUUACAACAGCCAUCAGAAGAUACUCUUAGUGGGAGAAGGAGACUUCUCUUUUGCCGUUUGCUUAGCCAGAGCUUUUGGCUCGGCUGUCAACAUGUUUGCGACUUCUCUCGACUCCAGAGAGUCUUUGAUGCUGAAUUAUUCAAAAGCUAUGAGCAAGGUGAUGGAAUUAGAGGCCAGGGGAUGCAAAGUAUUGCUUGAGGUGGAUGUCCACAGCAUGAGCCAACACCCUUUCUUAAUUAGUGAACGCUUUGAUUGCAUAAUAUAUAAUUUUCCUCAUGUCGGUUACUUGCACGGUCCCUUUUCUGCUGAAUGCAACGGGUUCCAAAAUUGGUUUCAUCAGGAUCUGAUAAGGGGAUUCCUCCAGAAUGCAAGCCAACUUCUUACCGCGGUAGGAGAAAUUCAUGUGACACACAAGACAACAUUUCCUUUCAGUGAACAGAAAAUAGUGGAGUUAGCACAAGAGGUUGGGUUAUAUCUGGUUCAUGAAGAACAUUUCUUACUUUUGGAUUAUCCAGCUUAUGAAAAUAAGAGAGGAGCUUGGAUUUGUGAUCAACCUUUUCCUGUGGGAAUGUGUAUAACCUUCAAAUUUGCCAAGCUGCCCAGUUAUACCACUUCCGGUUUCAACCUUGGCAUUACUGCUCCGGGUCCAUGGUCUGGAUAUUCUGGAAUUAUUGGUCCUCACAUGCAAUGUGAUGUUACUGGGAAUAUGCCAAAAUAUACAAGUACUAUUGAAUAUAGCAAGGCUUAUAGCAGUUAUCAGAAGAUACUCUUAGUGGGAGAAGGAGACUUCUCCUUUGCAGCUUGCUUAGCUAGGGCAUUUGGCUCUGCUGCCAACAUAGUUGCAACUUCUCUCGACUCCAGAGAGUUUUUAAUGGUGAACUAUUCAAAAGCUAUGAGCAACUUAAAGGAAUUAGAGGACAGGGGAUGCACAAUUUUGCAUUGUGUGGAUUGCAAAACAAUGAACCUUCACCCUCGCCUUUAUAAUAAGCGGUUUGAUCGGAUAAUCUUUAAUUUUCCUCACUCGGGUUACUCGAAUGGUCUCUCUUCGUCUGAAUAUAGCAUUUUCCAAAUUUUGUCACAUCAGAAUUUGGUGGGGGCAUACUUCAAGAGUGCUCGAGAAAUGCUGACCGAAACAGGAGAAGUUCAUGUGACACACAAGACAACAUAUCCGUUCAGUGAAUGGAACAUAGUGACGUUAGCGCUAGAGGCUGGGCUAUUUUUGGUCGAUGUAGAGAGUUUCUCAUUAUGGAAUUAUCCAGGUUAUCAGAACAAGAGAGGGGCUGGAAUAUGUGACCAAACUUUUCCUGUUGGAAAGUCUAGCAUCUUCAAAUUUUCCAAGUACCUUCCAGUUUCCUUCGAGAGUACUAGUUGUCCAUGGUUGAUGUUCUAGGCCACAUCAUGCUUUGUUUUAGUUUAGUUGAAGUUUGUUGUGUGUAAUGUUUAAGCAAGUGAAUUUCGUAAGCCAAAUUGUUUUCUGUUUAUUGCAUCAAUAGAGUUGAAA